UCACCCAUCUCGUGAUGGCAUUCGGCGUAAAAUCGGUGUCUGUCCAUGGACUCUAAUUGUAUCCAAGAGCUUCAUUUCCCUCACCUUCAUAUCCCUGUGACCAUAAACCAGAAAUUUCUCGUCCAGCCGUCCGGUCCAACCCCUGCAAAUCAUGGCGAAAUUCUCUAUCUAUCGAACCUAGAUGAUAUCAUCGGUGCUCGGGUUUUCACCCCUUCUGUCUAUUUCUAUCAAUCAAGCAGCCAUCCCGAUUGUUCAAAUGGAGAAUCUGUUGCAAAACGGAUUGAAGAUGCGCUCGGGGAGGUUCUAGUCCCGUAUUACCCGCUUUCGGGUAGGCUAAGGGAAGUAGAGAAUGGGAAAUUGCAGGUGUUUUUUGGGGAAGAGCAAGGUGCAUUGAUGGUAACGGCGAAUACUCCGAUGGAGUUAGCGGACCUAGGCGAUCUCACGGUUCCAAACCCGGCUUGGCUGCCAUUAGUCUAUCAAUACCCAGAUGAAGAAGCAUACAAGGUCCUCGAAAUGCCAUUACUUAUAGCGCAAGUAACAUUUUUCAGUUGUGGCGGGUUUAGCCUUGGGAUCAGACUUUGCCACUGCAUAUGCGAUGGGUUCGGGGCAAUGCAGUUUCUCGGCUCUUGGGCCGCGACUGCGAAAGCCGGGAGAUUGAUUGCAGAACCUAAACCUGUUUGGGAAAGAGAAGUUUUCAAACCUAGAAAACCUCCAAAGGUGAUGUACCCUCACUUGGAGUACAUGCCAAUCGACGAAAAAUCGAGCUUGACGAAAUCCUUGUGGGAAACUAAACCGGUCCAGAAAUGUUACCGGAUAAGCAAAGAAUUCCAAUCUCGGGUUAAAGCCUUCGCUCAAAUCCAAGAUCCAGACCUAAUCUGUAGCUCAUUCGACGCCAUGGCAGCACAUAUAUGGAGAUCAUGGGUGAAGGCACUCGAUGUAAAACCAUUAGACUACAACCUCAGGCUAACGUUUUCAGUCAAUGUACGGCAAAAACUCGAGAACCCGCCAUUGAAACUAGGGUUUUACGGGAACGUCGUGUGCUUGGCCUGCACGAUGAGCACGGUGGACAGCCUCAUGAAUGAUCCCCUGGCAAAGACGACGCGUCUUGUUCACGAGGCGAGAGUGAACGUAUCGGAAGAUUAUUUACGGUCCACGAUAGAUUACGUCGAGCUGAAAAGGCCGAAGAGGUUAGAGUUCGGGGGGAAGCUUAUGAUAACGCAAUGGACUCGUUUCGAUAUGUACGAGACGGCAGAUUUCGGGUGGGGAAGGCCGGUUUAUGCAGGUCCCAUAGACUUGAGGCCUACGCCUCAGGUCUGUGUGUUGUUGCCUCAAGGAGGAGUUGAGUCUAAUUCUGAUCAAAGCAUGGUGGUUUGCAUCUGCAUUCCUCCUUGUGCUGUUCAUGAUUUCACUCGGAUUCUAUCUUCAGUCGAUCCAAUCUCGGUUUAGCAAUUUGGUUAUGAUCCUUCAAAGCUAUAUAUAAAAUUGUUUACUAUAUAGUUUGUUUUAAUUAAGAAAUUGUGUUAUGGAUUUGUAAACUUUGAUGUUUGUUGGGUUUGUGAGGUAACUUCUUGUUGAA